AAUCACUGGAUUGAGUAAUCUCUGAGCAGGAGCUAUUAUAUGAGCACGGCCUUUUUCUGCUUUAGCCAGAUAACUGCGUCAGUCAGGCCUCUAGCAUGAAGAAACUGUUGCUAUCUGCCACUUUAUCCUGCCUGUUAAUCCUGCUCACAUGCUUUUCACAUAUUAGAUGUGAGCAGCCAGUAAACUGCGUAUGGGGAGCUUAUGGAACCUGGUCAGAGUGUGAUGGCUGCACCAAAACACAAGUUAGAGCUCGUGUGAUACAAGUUUUUUCUCAGUUUGGUGGGAGUGUUUGCUCAGGGGAAGCCAUUCAAAGACAAGCAUGCGUGCCUACUAAAAGCUGUCCCCUGGAAGCAGGAUGUGGAUCUCGAUUCCGCUGCACUUCUGGUCAGUGUAUCAGCUCCACUCUGGUGUGUAAUGGGGAUCAUGACUGCCAGGAGGAUAAUUUAGAUGAGCAGCACUGUACACAGUCCAACACUAUCGUGUGUAACUUGCAUAAGCCUCCCCCCAAUUCUGAUAUGACUGGACGCGGGGUUAACGUGUUGACAGGAAAACUGAAAGCUAAUGUUAUUAACACUCGCAGCUUUGGUGGCCAGUGCAGAAAAGUGUUUAGUGGGGAUCACAGUGACUUUUACAGACUCCCACAGAGUAUCCUCAGAUACAAUUUUCAGGUGGCUGUUGACAAUGACUUUAGUGAUGAGUUCUACAACAGCUCCUGGUCCUACAUCGAACAUGUAGAGCGGCGAAAAAAAAUCAGAGGAGGCCAUGAUCACAAAACCUUCCACAAGGAACUGAAAAGGAACAAGGCUUACCAACUCUUGAUUAUCAAGAACGAGGUGGAAGUGGCUCAGUUCCAGAACAAUAUCCCAGAUUACCUGCCGCUCUCUGAGGAGUUUUGGAGAGCUCUAUCUGCUCUGCCUAAUACAUAUGAUCCUGCUGCCUACCGUUCACUUCUGCAGCUCUACGGCACACAUUACAUGACUGAGGGCUCUUUGGGUGGAGAGUACCAGGUCCUGCUGGAGUUUGACUCCAAGUUUAUGAGUGAGAUGAAUCAAGAAGAUAUCGACUUUCACAAAUGUAUCACCCGUGUCAAGAGACGCCUGUUCAGAAAGAAGACAACAACCAAGUGUGAGAAAUUGAUCCAGACAAUUAAGAGCUACAAUGAGCAAAGCAGCCAGAAUAUGCCAGUGAACAUCAAUGUAAUUGGAGGGUAUUCCACUUAUAUUGCUGGUUUACGCAUUCUGGACCUGGAGAACCCUGAGCAGAACCAUGCCAUGUAUGCUAAAUGGGCUGGCUCAGUCAAGGACUUUCCACAGGUGAUCAAACAGAAGCUGAGGCCAAUCUAUGAACUGGUGAAGGAGGUAUCAUGCGCACAGCUGAAGAAGCUACACCUGAAGAGGGCGUUGGAGGCCUAUCUUGAGGAAGAAAACCCAUGCCACUGCAGGCCAUGCCAAAACAAUGGCAGGCCUGUGCUAAGUGAUGGCGUGUGUACCUGUGUGUGCAAACCCGACACCAGCGGCACAUCCUGCCAGAACGGCCAUGUCCUUGGAGAACAGCUAGGAGUGGUUCAUGGUGGUUGGAAUUGCUGGUCAUCCUGGGGAACUUGUUCUCAGGGUCAGAAUUCAAGGACUCGCACAUGUAAUAAUCCUGUACCAAAAAAUGGAGGCAAGCAUUGUGUAGGCCCUUCCAUUGAGCACAAAGCCUGUGAGGACCCGGAUCUUGACCACUUAAAAUUUAUGGAGCCACAUUGCUUUGAUCCAACCCUGACCCCGGUGAAGUCCUGCAAGGUUCCACCACCUUUACCAAAUGGGUUUGUUUUGAGCCCUACAGAUGUUUAUGCAGUUGGCAGUAAGAUUGAAUACACCUGCAUUGAGGGGUAUCACCUUGUUGGGGAUUCUGUUGCUGAAUGUACAGGGAGCCUGAACUGGAGAAGAGGACGCAUGGAGUGCAAGAGAAAUUCAUGUGAUGCUCCACCACUCUCGAAUCCUCUCAUCGCCUCACCCUUGAAACAGACAUAUUCUAUAGGAGAGACUGUGUCUUUGUCAUGUCCCAAUGGAAUGCAGCUUGAAGGACAGAAGGGGAUCAUCUGCCGUUCUAGUCUCAGCUGGUCUCCAAUACCCAACAACUUUAAAUGCAAUCCAGUGGUACAGGUAGGGUCCAGCCUGAGCUGCAAACCAUGGGAGAAACCUGGGCGAAACCAGUGUGUGUGCAAAAUGCCAUAUGAAUGCGGGUCUUCAUUGCAAGUGUGUGCCUCUGUGCGUCCUGGCCUGGUGAAACAAAUGGGCUUGUGCCAGCUUGGUGCCCUGCAGUGUCUGGGCCGGAAAUUCUCUCUGCUCCAGGACACUGCAUGUGAUUGGCCAGAGACUAAAUUUACAUCUUGUCAAGACUGCAAGCCAUGGGAGGAGUGCAAUGGUGUUGCAUGUAAUUGUAAGGACCCAGAAGAUUGUUCAGAAGAACCUGCUCACCUUUGCGUGUCUGUGGAGAAUGGCGACCAUGAGUUAAUGACUGAGUGUGAGGCUGGAGCUUGGAGGUGCUCAGGAAAAGAUGUCAAAGUCAUCAGCAUUGGAAAUUGUCAAAAUUAAACAACUUCGGUGUAAUCAUUUUGUAUGUUAUUUCUACUGUUAUUUAAAACACUGUGUGCCAUGCUGUUUGUUUGCUUAAAUGGCUGCAAAUAAAUUUGUUUUGUAUUUCAGGACUAAA